AGUCACCACGAGGAGGAGAAAACAAAAUAUCACCCCCGCACAACAUAUUUUGAUAUUGGUGGCAUUGGUAUCGGAUCUAGUCAGUGAAAAUGGCAGUAUUUGUUUUAAAAGGUGGAUGAACAGCAUCAAGGAGUACUGCUGUGCAGUGAGUUCACUAGUAGUUUCAGCGUUAUUGCCUAUUUACAUUUCGAAUUACGAAUAGAGCGUUUGUCACAUCUACCAUUUUCGAUUUCAUUUCAACAACCGCCAUCUCUUUUUUUGUUAUCAUUCAAGCAUAGCGUCAUAGGAAUAUAAGCGACCAUUUUGGCAGCAGUUUUGUUUACCUCAAGCGGAUCAAAUAUUUCAAGCAUCGUGUUAAGAAAUAGUUUCAGUAUUGUCUCUUUGUUUAUUCCAAUUUACAACCCUUUAAAUCGCCAGCUGUGUAAUCCAAGAGUGUUGUGAUCAAAAUUUUUGUCGCUAAACAAACAUCGGUGUCUUCGAAUUCGUUCCGGCUUCAGAGCACACCCGUUUUGACAAAGCGAUAGAAAAUUUCUGCUGGCGAUUUACGUAGUUCUUUUUCUAGACGAGCCAGUAGUUGUUUUUCAGGAUUUCAUUUCCCACCCCGCUGAAACACGCGGGUGUGGCUUUUUUACCUACCCUUUUUUAUCUCGGAUUUUUCGCUGUUAGCUGAGAUUUUCGAAAGCAGAAGAUCUGCUGCAGUAAAAACUCAGCGACAGCGAGCGGAAUAAAUCCUCUACAACAAGAACUCUUCUAUUCGACGAGCCUAAAAAGUCCUAUCCCCUCAAUUGCAAUCGCCUUUUCAUCUCGAAGCCAGCGACAAUGGCGGAGAAUCAGAAUCACGAAGGAGGAGAGCACCACCACCCCCGGGACCGCGAGCACCACGAGGCGGGCAGGGGCCACCACGGGGAUGAGGCGGGCGGGAUGUUCCAUUCCGUCGGCGGGAUGAUGGCGGCGCCCGGCGCGACUUUUGGCCGGUUAUCCGGUGGGAUGACAGUGAUGGCGGGCGGGUUCAAACAGAAAGUAAGCAACGCGGGCAAUGGCGUUUCGGGGACGUUUAAGUGGACGAAGAAAUUCGUCCCCAACAUCCCGGUGAAGCUCCCCGUUGCAAUGCCGUUUAAGACAAAGCACGCCUUGAACACAACGGAUGAGGAGAGGGAAGCGGACGAGAAGAGAAGGGAAGAGGCGAAGACCGCCGCGGACGACGCGUUUAAGAACGUGAAACCAGUGUGGUGGCGCGCGUGGCUGUAUCGAAACGUCCACUUUGGCCGCUACGGGCCCUUCGAUGAGGAGAUCCAGAGAACCGAUAUCGAGUACUACAAUCCGCCGUGGUAUAUCAAGUACACCGAUAAAUUUGCCCGGCGCAUGGACAAGGCGGGCGAGACCAUGCCGGGCGACUUACCGCCAACGUGGUGCGGCGCUAUUACUUCAGUUCUGUUCACUGGGUUAGCGACGAUGCUGCUGUACAACAGCGUGAACCGCUUAUUCUCCGCAAACGUCACCCUCUCCGGGUGGGGCAACGUGGCUCUCAACGUGGACUACAUCUGCUACCAGAACAGUAUGUACUCUGGUGUCGGUGUCACCCGAGAGUACCGGAAAGAGUUCACGGACCCGUUCAACAACACCGACGCGAACGCCUUUGAGACAAGAGGGUGUGAGUUCAACCCACUCUACUACACGGACUUCCCCCGGUUCGCCGUGAAACCGUAUUUGGAUGUGCCGGCGCUGGAGUUUUUGUGGAAAUCCCGGAUUGAAUUCUACGAGGAAGACGGGAAAUCUUCGGUCGCGAAGGUCGUAUCAAUUGCAAAUAUGUCUGGGUCUGGAAGAAUCAUGCUGUUUUUGCAUGACACAGAAGGUCGGGCAUGGGAGAUCUAGCAUCACAGGUUUCGAGAAGCUUCCGCGAUGCCGAAUUCGCAUGACAAAUCCCCCACUUUGCUGGCAGAAAGUGGGCAGCUUUUGCUACCUAUGCGUGACAGAUUUAUCUGUGUUCUGAAAUGCGCAUCGCAAGUUUGUAUUCUUCCAGACCCAGACACUUUUGCAGUUCAUAGGUCGAGUGGAAGGACAAAAACGGGAUCCAUUUCGGCGGAACAUCCACGAACAACAACGUCCAGGUCGCGUUCGCGGCGCACGAAAAAGUCCCGAUCAUGUUCAACUCCUACAGUUACGGAGGGUCUUCCAUUGAAUCCCCAAUGCCGAACGCGACCCGUUACCUCCGUGAGAUGGCAGUCACUUCCUCCACCCACAACUUCGACGAGUCGCUCCGUUACGCGUACUCAGAUUUGGGCUUAAUGGGUGCCUCGGACGAAUUUUUCGAUCAUGACGUCGUCGCAUUUGUCCGGUUCGAUCCAAAGCAACUGCGGAAUGUGAAGAGCUGUCAGGUGCAAGUAGGAUUAGUCUCCCGGUACCAGUACGACGCGUUGAGACCUUAUCUGCUAAAAUACGACCGGGAAUACCAAAGGAAGACCAUGAUGGACACGAUGGUCACCGGGAACUGGUCUUGGCACCCGGAUUUCUACACGAACACAGAGUCCGGAACUUGGAGAAGACGCUCCUCGCAGAACAACCUGAUGAUCAUGGAGUCUUCCUGGACCGCCGCCCAAAUCCGGCAGUUCAUGCAGAACGUAGCGUAUGGGAGGUAUCAGGUGAACGUGGAAAGGCGGAUGCGAGACUUUGGGUUCGAAACGGGCGUGAAUUCCAGCACUAUGAAAUGCAAGAGUGUCUGGGUCUGGAAACUUGUGAUGCUGAAAUGUGCAUAAUGAAAAACCUUCCGAAUGCAGUCCGGCAUGACAACUUCCCAAAACGCUUUCUCAAAGGCAAUCCGCAUGACAAACUGCGUUUUUGCGUGACAAAAGAGGCUGCGACUUUUGUUGUGGUUAUGCAAUACAGAUUUUCUAGGUAUGGAAAGCUAGCAUUACAAGUUCCAACCUUCCAGACCCAGACACUUUUACAAUCCAUAAGCACGGGCGUGGUGACCAACACCGAUGUAACCGUGCCGGUCGUGUUCACGGACUGGAUGCUGUUUUUGAACUACGUCAACAACUUCCAGUAUUCCGCGGAGCAGAUCGUCUGCGACGGGAAACUCGGGACUUAUUUCAACCCGGCAUUACUAAGAGCGGAGCCGCCGACGAAGUAUGCGCGGACCUUGAUCUUGAAGAUAUCCUGAGGAAAAACGUACCCACACCAGAGUCAGGAUGGGGAUUUUGCAACACAAACCUAGGAGUUUUGUGAGUCACGCAUGACAAGUUGCACUCUGCAGUGUAGUGCAGGUUAGCAAGUGCAGCCGCAUCACAGACUCAUCUGCUCAUCCUGUUCACAGCAUCAGAAAUUCCAAAACACGAUUGGAAAGAGCUCUCAUGGGGAUGCGCAUUACAAGUCUUCCUGUCUUUGCAAAUCUGCAUUACAACUCUGGCGUGGGUACGUUUUUACUCAGGAUAGAAGAGUCCGAUGGUCUUGUGGACCAGGCCGUUUCCCUUCUACAUCCAAGUAACGGGCGAUAUGGGAAUGGAAAGGAUGUUGGUGACAAGCAAAGUGGAUUCUUACCGGGUGAAAGUCACAAGAGGGACGAGCAUUGGAUCCACGCGGUUGAACUUCAAAACCGACCGGCCGACGAGUUACCCGCCGGUUGCGACCGAAGGAUUGUGGGUGUGUCCAGUUUCAAGAUACAUGGACGGGGAGUUCUGUGAUUGUAACUGUGGUAUGGCAGAUCCGGACUGUUUAUCAGGCACCCUUCCGGUUAAGUACUGUGCGGACAUGGAAAUCUGCAGUCCUCUAGGCCGGUGCACCACGCCGAUCUAUGAUAGCAGUGGAUUGGAUGUUGCGGUGUCCGAACCCUGUACUAGCAUGACCAUGCCGGGGGAAUUGUUGUUAAACGGGUAUAUCGGUCACAAUGAAGAUUUCCAGGCGGAGGGCGGGAACGCCUGCUGGGUCUGUCCGUACGACGUGUUGUAUGGCGGCAGGACCAGCCGGAACGAGAACAACGAGUACGUCUGUCAGUACAAGCCGACGGGGGACAUUCCGGCGAAGGAGGGGGCAUUGGCGUAUGACACGACUGUCAUGCAGACGUAUGGUGCGAAUGGAACAGAUACAACAGCACUACAAUCAACGAGAAUAGUGAAGGUGUUCCUCGGGCCGAAAGCGGGGUUCCCGGCCGCAGAUCUCGCGGGGCAGAAUUUCACGGCAGAGUUGAACUUCGGGCAGGGGAUCACGGAAUUAGUUUCCGGCAUCGUGUCCGAGCCGGUGGAUACGAAAACAAAAACGCAAAUCUUGCACAUCCGGUCCACGGGUCCGUCCUACCGCUACAACCACUUCGCGUCUGGGACGAUGGUGUCGUCUCUCGCAGGGGAUUACACCGACACCAUUCUGCAGUUGGACAACCCAAAUCAGCCCUUCUCCCAGGCCGGGCCGUACAGGAUCAUGAUAGAUUCGUCCGAGAUGCAGAUCCGCACCGGUAGCACCGGGGCUACUUCCACUACGACAACCACGACAACCACAACUGCGGCGCCGAGACAGCGCCAGUUGAAAGACGAAGGCAGUGAAGGUUAUGUCUACCACAGAUCUGCGUUUGAGGAAAACGACGCAGCUAACGCGGCCUUUGUCGAGAUAGGUGACCCGAAGAGCAAGCAACUUCCAAAAGUCUCGAAAAGCAAAAGAACAGAGAAGCGGUACGCGAAAAAUAUGAAAAAGCGAUCCAAUUUAGAGGUUCUGGAGUCCAAGCAACGCAGGCUAGAAAACGCUUUGACCGCUGCGCAGAACAUGAUGGACGACAUGGGUUUGAUUCUCGAAACGGAAAGCGGGCAGCACCCGCUGCAAAAUUCCGCAGAGUACGAGGAGAAAAGGAGAAGACUCACAACACUUUCGAGUGCACUUUCGAACCAGACAAAUACCACCUCCAGUUGCGCUGUCAAUCUCAUGGCUGAAAGGCAGCGAUUGGACAUCUCGGGCUACGCGAACGGCUUGGAGUCCGCGGGCGUGAAGUCGAUUUUAGCGAGGCAGUACACGGGGUCAUUAGACGCAUCGAAGUCGAUUUACAACUACCCGAGCAAAACGGAUGGGGAUUUAACCGAUGCUAGGAGUUUAGACUAUCUGGAUUCGGGCGUGAACACCGUCCCGGGCAGCACAAAUUGCUUCGUAGACAUCUACGACGACCCGUUUAAAUCCGUGUGUAAGGUCAACGCGAGGUUAUAUGGGAUGUACUUUGUUCUCCAAACCCCACCCAGCAGUUCUUCCGGGACUCUCGAUGCAAAUACCGCCUGGGCCGCUUUGACCGGUGCGAAGGAUGUUUCCAACGCUGAUGUUGGUUACAACUCGGAUUCGGUCAAAGAAGCGAUCCGCAUCGCCAUUGGCCAAACGUUUGGCCUCACCGGGAUGGAUUCCAGCGUGAUCAAGCCGGACCUAGUCGCGUUGAACGACGCUACUGCCGGCGGGACCGCGAUGGUGCUAGCGCCGCCAGCAAACCCGGCGGCGGGCUACGAUUGGACCAGCAAGGUGACGGGCGGGUCCAGAGAGGUUUAUGCAUUGCAAACAUGUCUGGGUCCGGAAACUUGUAAUGCUAGAAGUGAAUGAAAGGCCCACUGCAAUACGGAGCCAAGCAUGACAAAUUUUUGGGCUCCUAUGUGUUGCGUGUUCCGCAUGACAGACUGCGUUUUUGCACGACAGAAAGGAGCGCCGCUUCGUGCCCAUGCGUCACAGAUUCUUGAGUCAUGUCAGACAUGCAUGACAAAUGUAGCAUUGUAUGGACAUGCAUGACAAAUGGCAAAGUGUGCCGCACUUCUGUUUAGCAUGACAAAUGUAGCAAUCUUCCAGACCCAGACAUAUUUGCAUUUGAUAAGGUUUUGCUCGAGGUGAAGUUCCGAACGAGGCAGUGGUACACCAUCAAUAAAAUCUUCGACCAGUAUAUCACGGGGAACGGGGGGAACAUCACUGCCUUUCCGGAGGCGACGUUGAAGACCAACGUGGAUGCGCAGUUAGCCACUGCGAUGGCGAGUCUCUAUGCCGCAACGCAGUACGAUGCGAACAACGCCGGGAUAAAUCCGAAAAACGACGCGGCGCAGGGGUUUGUGCUGAAGCACGCCGGAGAACUCGCCGAUUUGAGCAGCACAACAACUACUGUAGCAAGAAGGCUGCAGCAGGCCAGUAGUUCUGGAGAUUACGAUGAAAACGGCGCAGUGUUGCAGAACGCAGGAGCGGCCUCAACUACACAGCAAUAUCAAAAUGAAAAAUCCCCCCUCCCCAUAUCAAAAGGAAAUUUCUGAUGCUGGAUUUGAGUACACAAAUCAGGUUUGUAUUGCAGGAAAGCAUUGCAGUCAGAUCCCCAGGCUAGGUAGGGGCGUAUGCGUCUAGUUGUUCAGCAUGGCAAGCGGCUCCCCUUUAGACCCGACAGCAUGACAAAUCGCUUCCAUAGGGGGGCGGAAGCUUCUGCCCUUGUCUUCUUGCAGUACAAAUGUGAUUUGAGACCUCAAAUCAGCAACACAAAUUUUCGGAAGCAUACCUUUUCGAUAUGGGGAGGGGGGAUUUUUGCUUUUGAUAAGCAAUCCUUGCUAACCAGAACAACUGGAACUUCAACCGGGACGAGCAGGGACCUCGCAGCGGAAGUAGAUGUGAACAACAUGCAGAAGAUUCUCCGGCAUUUGACAACAACUUCUCAAGCUGUGAAUGCCGCGACAGAUGACAACGUCAAGCUCUACGACUACUUAGCUGACUACAAAAUCGAGGCGACGAAAUUGUCUAAUCUCACCGCCACGUCCGCUGCCACGAUCGCUGCGUACAGCACGUUUUCCACCGUCGGAAUGACGUCUUUCAUUUACGCCACAGAAGAGCACGGGAUUGCGAUCGACUCACCGAACGGGUUGGACAAUCUGGUGUUGAACACGUAUGGACAGGAUGUAGAUGGUGAUAAUUUGAAAGCGGUUUUCCGGUUCGUUUUCGCGAUUAGUCGGUACUCCGGGGACGGGCCCUAUUUAGCGACGGUGACCGCGAACGAUACUUGGACAACGGCUUUCACCGCGAAAUUCGCAGCGGAUUAUCCCUGGGUCCAAUCGGUGGACUCUAUCACCUUUGGGCACGAGACUUUAGCCCCGCAGGUGAUGGAGAGUCGGGACAGGAGUCCGCCGAAACAAGAUUUCGACACGACAAUCACUGGGUUUAGUACUGUCAAGGAGGACAAGCCCUGGUGCGAUUAUUCGACGGAAUCGGGUUCCCCCGGGAUGGCGGAGGACGGGACACUCUAUUUGGGUAGGAACAGCAUUUUCUGCGACGGGCUGCAUGAUGGUGCUUUGAUCGUGAAUUACGCGGGAUUCUCCGACCCGUUGCUCGUGCCGCCAGACAUUGAGAUGAAAAUCAUUGUCCGGGGCGGUUCCGCCGACUCCGCGACCCCUUCCAUGAUGGAGGUCAGAACAUUGCAGCGGGCCUACCAGUGGCUCUGGCCGACGGUGGACGCGACAACUGGGAAAAUCACGGAAGACAGAGUCGGGAUCUGGAAGUGCGAAGCGAGCCAGUGGUCCGACGGGGUUUGUGAUUGCAACUGCGGUCGCGCGGACUGGGACUGCAUGGGAGAUAAAGGGAUGCCGGAGCGGUAUGUGACGGAACAGCUGGAUAAUCCGAACUCCCCCGUUGCGGUGAACAUCAACUGCCCGGACGGGGAUGAGCAAUUAGUCCCGAUCCCCGAACUCGCCUCCGGUAGUAUGCCGCCGACGUGUGGGCAAAUAAAAGCGAAUCCGGAUGUCUAUGCGUAUUGUCAGUACAAAACUGGAUUACCAACAAGCAUCCGGGAGAACGCGUUCACCUAUGAACCCGAUGGGUUCAACGGCACUUCGAUGCAGAAAGCGCCAGACUACUUGAAAUACCUCUGGGAAGUCUUGGAGCUGGACUGCCCGCUGAUCCAGAACAGGGAUAUGGGGACUGUGGUCGAGACUUUAGGUGUGACGCAGACGACAGAGAAUGUGUAUAAAGCGGAGUCGAGAGCAGUGACCGAAAAGUACGUCGACCAGCAGUUGCUCACCAUGGACUACGACACCGAGGAGCCUGCGGGCGAGGGGUACAGCAUCGACCCGGCUUGUCUCGUUGAGGACGACCCGCCCCCGUUUUGCGCGGGUGGCGCGGUGGAAAUCGAUGGGACGAAAGUGCAAACCCAGCCGGUGGUCCGGGCGAGGACCGUUUUGACUGCGAAUGUGUUUGGCCAGGGGUUAGCCGGUGGGGCAGUGCUCGCGGAUGACUUGUUAAGAGAUGAGGACGUGAUCACCGGCUUUCAAAACGCGUUUUCCACGGCGUUUGGGGUGAAGUCCUACGAGAUUCGGAUUCUCUCCUUCACGUUGGCAAACCCCAGGCAGCUGUCCGAGCGGUGGAAACGACAGAUGGAAAUGGUUGAUCAGCAUGACAAAAUGGACUUCGAAAGAUUGCUUCCCGCCGAGAAGGAGAACAUCGCUCGGAUAAAACAAAUCAGGAACAGCCAACUGUUGUCCAACCCGGAGGCCGUGAAAAGGAGACGAGAACUAUCCACAAACUCCCACACGGCGCAGAAAUUGCUAGUGCAGUUCGAAAUCGCGCAAAGGACGUAUGAUCAAACACUCAAACUGUACAGCAAGGUGAAAACCACGCCGACUGCGAUGCUGCUGGAAACGUUUCAGGAACAUGUUGGUUCCAUGCAAGAGGCAAAUUCUCUCCCCCAGUACGCGAUUUACGUUGCGCCGACGGCGGCCUCGCCCGUAGAAGCGAGGAUAAAGCGCCCGGACAACAAAGCGCUGGAGCAGUUGAUCGAGGCCAAACUGUCCGGGAUGACGCCGGAAGACAUUACCAAGCUGAAAAACCUGGUGAAAGACAUCCCAGGGUUUGACCAGACCAUCUUUGAAGACAGUUCCGCCGGUUCAGCCCCUGGCGGUGGUGCGAAUCUGUUCGCCGGGGCGGCGACACAAGCGCCGGCGGCGCCGGCAGCUGCUGGUGGUAGUGCAGGCGCUUCGUCGAAUUUCGCGACUUGCUUCGACGAGUGCUGCUUCAAGCCGACAGACGCGGAGAUGGCCAGCUGUGCACAGGAAACGUGGAAAAUGACCAGCGCGGAAUGCUGCCCGAAUGGACGGGAGACACGUACUGUUGCUUUUUGUUUUUUGUACUGAGCGUGAGCUUUUGUCAUGCGUCAAACGUAGCCUCGUUUUUUCUUCUUUCUAUUCUGCGCAGCACAAACUCCUAAAUGACCAUUUUCACAGGUACCGCCUACACCUCUUACACCGACUGGGGCUACAUCUCCCCUUUCGAUGACCCGUUUUACGUGGAGCCGGGCAAGUGCUGCUACGGCGCAGAGUCCACCGACUUGGCCACCAGAAACACGUGCUGCACCAACACGGUCGGGUUCCAACCCUGCUGCAAAGCGGAUUACCCAAGAAGAGAACGCGUCCGUCGGCAGCUCUCUGUCGGCCCAGGAAUAGUUCUUGCAAAUCCCGAGUCUGAGCAGCUUUUCUCCGAGCCGCGACUCGCCCGGCCGGACUUGAUCAAGUUCAAGAAAAUUCAGUUCAGCCAGGAAUCCACUGCGUCGUUGAAAUCAGUGGAGGAGGCGGAACAGCAAAGAACAGACAGGAGUCUCUACGAUAGCACAGGCUCAUUGUCCGACUACGCGUACAACUUGGGAUUGAGUUCCUACAAAAAUGAUCCGGAAGGAAGUACUGCUCCAGCAGCUCCUAUCGGCGCGCGUCAGGAACAUGUUGAUCGGAAUUCGAAAACGGUCGAUGAGUUGUUCAAGCAACUCGCGUCGAAGUACCCGUGGAUGAAGGAAGAAAUCACGCACAUGGACCGGAAAACGCAAUCCACGCCAGCCAUUCCAGAUGCUUUGUCCAUGGCGGAGAAUCUCCGCGACGUCUAUCAAGAUAAAGAUUUCCUCGCUUUGAACAAAAAACACGGCAUCCCCUCUUCCGACCUUCGCUCGCUCGGCGAGGAACUCCCCCACUUCAACCGCCCUUUGACGGAAAAGGAAAUCCAAAAACGCUUACUACACGCGGAGCAGGGCAACAAUCAUCGGAGGCGGUUGCGGGAAGCGGUGUUGAGUGGGGAGCUGAAUCUCGAAUCGAUCUUGGAUCCGCAGAGAUUUGACAACCGGGACCAGCACGCGACUUUGAAGAACAGCAUUCAGCGGGUAAGAGCGGCGCACAAGAUGUGGCUGCAAUCUGCCGCGGGCCAUCAGGCGAUGAACGAGGGGCCGGAUGAGAUUGUGCGGAAGAGGAUAAAAGCAACUGGGAGUGACUCUGCGAGUGCGAAUUCGAAUUCUGCAAUUUCUGCCGCGGAGGAGGACAACUCGAAUUUCCCUGCUACUGGCGAAAACCAGAUGAACCAGCCGUCUUCUUCCGAGCUACGAGAUGGGCACGGCAGGCCGGCGCAUGAUUUGAUGGCAAAGCGGAAGAAGCGGGAUAGGAUCAGGAGCUUCGAUCCGAAAACGGGUCGGCCGGGGCGGGUUGAUAGUUCCUCUGCGGGGGAGGAGGUGGUGGAAAGGCCCUACUCUGUCGACGACUAUGACGAGAUGACUGAUCCAAACGAUGUGGAAGUCACGGAGAAAACGACCACAGCCGAAACCUCUACUACGAAGGAACAAAGACAAAAAUACAAGAAAAAACAGAACUACAAACGCACCCCCUCGUUGGAACAGCUCCAAACCGACUGGAUGGCGAUUGAGCGGGAGUUCACGAAGCGGAACUACCGGCACAUGCUGGCGAAAGAAAACGAAGACGUUUUGAACUACAAGUUGAGUCAAGACCAGUGGCGGCAGUUAAACGACGUUGUGGAGGAGUACGCGACAACGAUGCAACAGCUUCAGCCAGAAAAUUUCGCCGCCACUGCUUCCGCGGGACAAAUCAGAAGAUUCCUCACCGUCAACAGCACCAACACAACCACUACAACCUGGGUCUUGAACCAGACUGACUGCACGAAGGAUUGGACUGAUGAAUCCAACUGGCCGCCAAACGCACGAAUCACGGAUGUCCCGCAAUGCGCGCAUGGGUUAUUGUCCCAGGCGCAGCUAGAGCAACUCGGGUUCUUCGACCAAAUCCAUUUGACCGCGGUCACAGGCGACGUCAAAGAAGCAGUGUCCCAGUUCGCAGCUUCUGUCGCCGCUUUGAUCCCGAGCAAGAAGGUGGUUUCCUUUGUCGUGCAAACGAUAUCGCAAAUAAACCUCUUCCGCGACGCCAGUGCGACUUACUUGCCUCGGGACCGGUCGGGCGAAACGCCUCUGGAAACAUUUUCGUCUCCCACGAUGCUGGAUGCGCAUGUGGCCAUGUUUGUGAUGCCGCGGAGAGUGCCGAUCGCAGACUUGUGCCCCUCGACCCACAUUGCAAACGAGCGCCUCACGAAUUUCUUCGGGACCGCACAAUCUGCCGACGCCUCCUUUUGGGACAAGCUGACCUUCCACGAGGCGGAUAACUUAGCCGUGAAGUCGUGUAAAAUUACGCCGUUCAAGGACAGUCCGGGAGGCAACCGGUGCAAAACCAAGGAGCAAAUGCAAACCGACUCGGUAGACAGAUACCGGCUGUUUUGCAUGGAAGAUUUUUUACCAGCAAAUGUUAUGGAAUUCCAAGUCGAAGGCGGCUUAACCGGGCACUGGAUGAGCCCGGACGUCAGAGCCAGCACAGAAUACGAAAAUAAUAAGCCAGAAUACAUUCUCGAUGUGGAGAUGCUGUAUCAAAUGACGAUCGAUUCCCAAUUCCUCGCAGUCGAGAAAGAGUACAAAGCCGGGCAAAAAGACUUCAAGGACGGCCAACCGAGAUUAUGGGCCGCGGAAGCGAUGGCGAGGGGACGGGCGGUGUGCACCGACGCGAUCAAAGGGUGUGCAGAGGGAAUCCCCGCGAACCCCCCUAUGAUCCUUCCCGGGGUGUCGAUCCGGGUGAACAAGGAGAAAACGACCAGCAUGGUGAAACAGGUGGCGCCCUUGCAUUGGCCGUUGACCACGACCCCGCAGUACGAAUUGCUGUUGGAGGAAUUAGACAACCUCGACUUGGACAUCAUGCCGGGUUUGCGUCAGUUGACUAGUGCUGAGGACGGUUACAUCGGACUUAAGCCGAUGACGAAGAUUCUGAUAAAGCUCGUCUGGCAGGUCAACCCGGUCUACAACGUGAACAAGUGGACCGGGACGAUUAAACUCACCAGGUGGCUGAACUCAAUUUCCGCUCUGGACAUUUCCUUUCAGCAAGCGGACUACACGAUGAAGUCCGCGGCGAGUGUGCGUAUCAUCUUCGAGAUCGACGCCGCGAGCCAAAGGUUUCAGGAGUUGCCGCUGCUGUCGUUUAGUGACUUCUUGGCGUUACUCGGUGCGAUGGCGGGGUACACGGGGUUGAUCGGGUCCGUUUUGUUCCUGUGGCAGAAGGCGUUCAAGCCGUUCGGGUUAGUGGAUUUCUACUACGCGGACAAUGAGUAUGCGAACGUGGUUGACAGGUGGUACGCAACGAAGAUGAUGCAGCUCGGGUUUGAAGUGCCGGACAAGGAGGGUGAAGGUGACGACGGUUCAGAAGGGAACAAGAAAGACGGCGAUAAUUCCCCCAAGUCCAAAGACGGGGAUUUGAAAAAUGCUAUUGAGCUUCCGGACAGCUUGAUGCAGGAGCACAUCGAGAAGAAGUUGAAGGAAGCGAAGGAGCAGGAAGAGCGCAUGGCGAAGGAAAAAGCUGAGAAAGACGCUCGAACCACAGCGGAACCGGAACCAGGCACCCCAACCGGGCAUCGAACCCCGGAUCACGAUCAGGAAAACGACCCUUUGCCAGCCAUUAUGGACAAGCCGCCGACGGCCAGGCCGAGCAUGGGCAGGGGCAUGACCAGGGGAAACACGAUUUCCAUGAUGAAUGCCGAUGAUGACACGAGCCGGCCGGUAGCCAGGCCGAAGCGGAUGGUUUCGACACUGGAUGAGCCGGAAGGGAUGGAGGACGUGACAAGAGCGACAACCGAGCCGGUUCAACGCAGGAACGUCGCUUCCAUGAAUAUGGGCGAGCGGACCACGAACAUGAACCGGGACAGCGAGUUCGGCCUGCAGUGGGCAUCUGGGGGGAGGGACAGCUAUGAGAGCAUUGGCAGUAUUGAUGAGGGGCAGCAUUUCGCGAUGACGUCACGGUCAAGAAGCUCAGGCGGAUCGAGUCCUUCGGCUGGUUCGUCGAGUUCUUCGCCCUCGACGCAGCCAAAGCGCCCACCCGGCUCCAAAACCGCAUCUCCUGGCUCUCCUGCCACUGGUCGGCCCAGUCCCAAAGGCGCUAACGCAAACGCUGGUAAUAUGGUGUAAAAAUCAUAAGCACGACGACAAUUAAAGUUUUUUCACAGCACGCAUUUUUGUUUGAACUACCACUUCUUUUAGAUAUUCAUAUUGUACCCCAACCCGGUACUAGUUUUCAAACUGAGUAGCUUUUACAGUAAGUCGUUUCUCCCCCAAAGAAACCUCAUCCAUGUACAGAGAUUCUUCAUUGUACAGAGUUCUUUUCGAAGACCUACAGUUUUGUCAGUUCCAGUUGACUGUUUCUACAGUUAUUCUACCAAAGAAAGACGCCCACGCUCAUGAGAGGUGUCACAUUUUUGCGCAGACAAAAUCUUCAAAAUUAAGUACACCAAAGUAAAAGCUGCACUUUCUCGUCGUAAUAUUUCUUGCUGAGUCGGAUUUUUUGCUUUGAUUAGCACAGCCUAGGUCUGCUGCAAAAGCAACUGUAGAGCUUGUGCUUUCUCAGCUACAUUCAUAGCAGAGUAUGCAGAGAAGUCAGCAACUUUUCAAUUAGAGUAACAAGAACAACAAAAUCAUUGGCGUUUCUGAAAAAAACACACACCAACACAAACACACGACAUUUGAGUUGAAUGCUGUAGAGAAAUAGGAAAAAAAAA